AUGGCUGAGACAGAUCCCGAUAAUAACAGUAUUGUUAGACCCGAGAAAAAUAAUAAGGGCCCGGUGGCAAGUAAUGGGCCUCGUUGCGUCACUAUAUAUAAAACUGAAACUGGUUUUGGUUUUAACGUGCGCGGGCAUGUUUCGGAAGGUGGACAGUUGCGAUCAAUCAACGGCGAAUUAUAUGCACCUCUGCAGCAUGUCAGCGCAGUGUUGGAGCAAGGAGCCGCAGAGCAAGCUGGUAUAAGAAAGGGAGACAGGAUCCUCGAAGUGUAA